GUAGUAACAGGUUUGAAAACCGUAUCAGUUCCUAUCAGCUGUUAUUACGGUUUCUGCAGUGUAGUACAGUUUUGGUUAUUAGUUUCUUCAGAAACUUUCCUUAACCUAUUUUUGUAGUUAGUGAUUAAUGGAUUUUAAUUGAUCCAACUUCUGUAUAGCAUGGAUUAUUUGACUCAUUUUUAGACAUAUAUUCCUCAAUUCAUAUUAGUGACACUUAUUAUCAUACCAUAAACAAGUGUUGUUCUAAUUGAUUUUCAUUAUUAUAAUGAAAGUUAUGCAGUCAAUUCAACUAUCUUUAAGAUGAAAUUGACAUGAUCUUAACCAUGAUCAUCGGUCGGUUAAAAGCUGUUUUCAUUUUUCUUUUGAAUCUCCUCAAGCGUUCUUUAUGCUGCUUUCGAAGGAGGAGAAAACUAUCAGUUGAUUCUGAACCAUUGACCGCUGUAGGUGUAGUGCCCAACUAUCAACCAGAGGCAGGAAAUAAUCAGGAACUUGGGAACUGGAACAGGUGGGGAGAGGAUGGCGAUGGCCCUCCGCAGACCGUGGAAGAGCACAUACAGCUGUACAGGAACAACAAAUCAAAGCAGCAGGCCGAUCAGCCCCUCCCUCAACCUGACUUCUUUCAGGACAUGGAACCUGAAAUCAAAAGACAAACAAAAGUUGUUUUAAAACCAAGAGAUAUAUCAUCAUCUCGACUUGCUUUUAAUGCUGAAAACAUUGUUACAAAUUGCGACUCUGAGCUGAAGUCUUGGGAAGAGGCUGAGAAUCGCCAGAGCCAAUGGGCUGAAGCUGAAGAUUGGGAUGCUGAUGAAAUUUUAAGAGAAAAAAGAAAGGAAGAGCAAAGAAAGAAAAUGAUGGAAAAAGAGCAUAGAAGAACUCUCGUAUCAAAAUUGAGAAAAAUGGAUAUACUUAAAGCAGAGAUAGAAAAACGAAAAAAGCUCUUGGAAGAUAAGAAAUUAAUUGAACCAGCAAAAAAAUAUUUUAAGAGGUCAGAUCUUGUUAAAAUACAACGAGAAGAGUAUUUUGAAAAGUAUGGUUCUUCGACCCCAGAGGAAGAGUUGCCAAAACCUAAAGAAGAACCAGAUGCAAGCUCUGUAGACAAUGUUGAUCAUGUUACCUUGUCAAGAAAAGAAGUUAUCAAAAGGUUACGAGAACGAGGAGAACCUAUACUUUUAUAUGGUGAAACAGAAUUAGAAACUUUUAAACGCCUUCGCAAAUGUGAAAUAUUGGAACCUGAAAUUAAUAAGGGACUAAGAAAUGAUUUCCAAGAGGCUAUGGAAAAAGUAGAUCAAGCUUAUUUAGAUGAAAUACUGACAUCUCAAGGGCAAGGAAAGGGAGACUCAAAUUCAAAAGAAAAAGCACAGGAAAAUAUUGUUACAUACGAAGAAAUUCAGCAAAUGGCUGCCAAAUUAGGGAAAGGAGAUUUAAAAUAUGAUAUGGACUUAAUCACAAAAUUUAUACAGCUUCUACUAAAAUUAUGGGGAGAUGAACUCAAUCGACGGAACGACUCAGAAAAAAUGGCUACUAAAGGAAAGAUGGCUCUAGCUACGUAUACUCAGACCCAACAAUAUUUGAAGCCGUUAUUGAGCAAGUUGAAAACAAAAACCCUUCCAGAAGACAUUUUAGAUAGCCUUACUGAAAUUGUUAGGCAUUUACUUGACAGGGACUAUAUCAUGGCGAGUGAUGCAUAUCUUCAGAUGGCAAUUGGUAAUGCUCCUUGGCCCAUAGGAGUAACAAUGGUUGGUAUCCAUGCAAGAACAGGUCGAGAAAAGAUUUUUUCAAAGAACGUCGCCCAUGUAUUAAAUGAUGAAACUCAGAGGAAGUAUAUCCAAGCAUUAAAAAGACUUAUGACGAAGUGCCAACACUUUUUCCCCACUAAUCCUUCCAGAUGUGUGGAAUAUGCUCCUAAUUCAACUGUUAUAUAAUAUAAGCACAGUUUCUCACUAUUGUACAUUUGUAUAUAAAUUAUUACUUUUAACUGUAAUAAUAGUUACAUUUUCUUCCUAAAAUAUUAUCAGUCACUUAAACUCAUGUCUAGGAGGUAAAAACAAUUGUUAUUUUUGUAACUAUGGGUUAGUUUGCUUUCUAUCUGUGCCUGAACCAAAUUUAUGCUAAUUAUUAAUAAAUAAUUAAAAUCUGCAAUAAUUAUUAAUAAUUUGCUAUUUCUAAAUUGUAGAUUUGCCUUAAGCACUGGUAGAAAGCAAACUUGCAAACAUUUCAGUUGAUGAUCACUUCUAUUCCAACAAACAAUUUGUUCUUUACAUAAUCUUUAUAAAAUAAUGUCCUCUUUAUUAUGUUAAUAUUUUUGGUGGGAAAAAUAUAUUUAAUUUUUUCUUUUUUUUUUUGUAAUUACUUUAAGGUGCUAAUUUAUUAUUUUGUUCUUGCUUAAGGCAAGCCUUCUAAUGUUAGCUUUAUCAGUAACAUUGAAAAAAAUGUAUAAUAGAAAAAUAUAAUAAAAAAAUCAGUUUAUUACAAAAAAAAAGAAAACAACACAAAAUAGCAUAUUAAAUGUUCAUAAUGCAAAAAACAUUUAUCAUAAUUAUGAAAUGUUGAUUCAAAUAGGAAGAGCUAGAAUCAAUUAGAAAUUUAAG